ACUGCUAAUCCUCUUAGGGAUAAACGAUGUCUUUAACUGGCCAGGGUUAGGGAUUUGGAUGUUAUUGAAAUGUUAGGCGCGCAAACAUCGGGUGUGUCGUUGUACCUUUAUCAUCGAUUGUCCAACAUUUCAUGCAUAGUGACUUUUAGAAACUCUUCUCAUUUAUUCAUUCAAACAUUUCCAAGUUUUCCUCAUGCCGUCUGUUAGCGUUAAUCCGCCCUCCUUAUGCUUCAACAUAUUGUAUCGUACUCAGGCGUUUUCAUGAGUUUAAAAUCUUCAACCAAACUUUCGAAUCAAUAAGAUGGAUUUCCAUGCAGCAAUGGAAACCUUCGCUGAAGCAUGGGUGGCGGCGAAUACCCCCACAGCUGUCAAUGCAAGCGAGAUUCCUCAGGUUUCCCUUGCUGAAGAUAUACCCUCACAAAUUCAGAUGGAGCAGAAAAUCAAAAAGAGAAGUAACAUCCAUUCCCCUGGCCAGGGGCAAUCUACAGCUGCUACAACUGGAGUUAAAUCUUUGCCCAUCCAUUGUGUGAUUGAGCAAACAAAUGGACCUUUGACCUUUGAACCUGACAACACUGCCACCUACAAUGUGGAGUUGGAUACGUAUGCUAUAUUGCCAUGUACAACCCUGUUCUCGGAGCUUUUACGAACAGCUCUCGUCAAACUUGGAUACAACGCCAACGAAGCCAUGAACGCAAAAGGUGCCAUUCAGAUCAAGAACUGGAAGCCACUCAGUUUUGAAACCAUUACUGAAGACAGUAAGUCAACAAUUGAGGACAUUCUGGGUGACCUUACACAGACAGCCAAACUGAGGAUCAGACUCUGCAGUAGUACCAAACUCAGCUCCACCGAUGAAAUCAAAGGGAAACUACUCCAGCUUCUGUUGACUCAGUCGCAAGGCCUCCUCAUGAGCUCUGGUUGUCCGAUUGAAAAGGAUCUCUUAACAUCUUUGAGCAAAGGGGACAGCUUUUCUAAUUUGCCCCUAGAAAUCAGAAAAUCAUUUGACAAAUGGUAUCAAGACCUGCAUAAACAGCACAGUGAGGAGGCAAGGCAUUCGAACACCUCUACCCCAGAGAAGCUCCCAGCCUCACCCCAGAGGGAACAGCAAAGUUACUCCACAAACCAUGCUCCCCUGCAUGGCAAAACCAGAAUGAGAACGUCGUUUGACCCCGAGCAUGAAAUUCCACGGUUGCAGAAGUGGUUUGCUGAGAAUCAGCACCCUCCUAGAGAGGUGAUGAUAAAAUACCUAGAGGAGUUAAAUUCUCUUGACUCUAGAAAAGGACGAAGGCCAUUGGAUCUGACCAACAUCAUAUACUGGUUUAAGAAUGCUAGAGCUGCGCACAGAAGAGCAUCCAAGUGCUUUGAUGGUGACACCUCAUUUGAAGGGGAUGAAAUUAAUGACGAGAGUACUAAUACUCAAGAGAAUGGCUGUUUUAUGGGUACCAGGGGCCUUCCAUACAUGUUGCCUUACCCAUUUCAGGGUAUCUAUGGUUCUCAUGAUAUUUUAGGAGAUACUCUUAAAGAGCCAUGUGACCUUUCUCAGGCAGGUCAAAGGGCAAGGAUGAAUGGCAUGAAAAAAGAGGAUGAAGCAGAACGGACGAGUAAAGUUGAAGGAGAAAGAACAGAAUCAAAAAGUGCAGAUACAGACCUGGACAAAUCAGAUGAUGAUGAAGGGGACAAAGAGGGGCAUACAGUAUCCAUUAAAAAGGAAAGUUCUUCACCAUCUGAUGGUGAAAAGACUCCUGAUACUGGCGAUACUCCAUACCUACCCAACAGAAAUGCUGUGUAUGUUCUGCCUCAUCAGUACAGCCAGUAUAAGAACGGUCAGGAUGCCGACGAAGAACCCAGGGAACCAUGUGACUUGUCAAAUUCUCAUAAAUCUAGUCAAGUAAAAAAAGACAUUUUGGACACAGCAAACAACAACAGGAAAAGAAAGAAUUCAUCAGAUGAUGAGCAGGAGAAAGAAAACUCCAAUGGAAAGGCCGACUCGCUGAACAGGUACAACACUGAGAAGCAGAGGUCCUCAUCACAAGAUUAUCCCAACCACUCCAGCCGCUCCAGCAAUGGAAAUUCGGAGGUUUUUCACUCAGGAUCUGAUGAUGACAAUGAUCUGGAAUCCGAUAUGGAUGAUAGCCAGUCCUACGCAGGAUCAGAAUCUAGUCAUGAAGCCAAAGAUGGAACCUUUAUAAGGGAGGCCCACAUGGGCAGUUACAAUGCAAACGCUCUCUCACGACUGCAGCAACAGCACGGUGCAGCAGGAUUACAUCAUCCUCUCCACAUUCCCCAUUUCCCCCAUCCAUUGGCCAUGACUUAUUUCCCCAUGAAUAGUCAUUUUUUACAGCAAACAACAAGAUACCAGCAACAGCAGAACUCUCAAGCUAUGUCCAGUGACGAAUCUCCUACCGAUCAUCACAUCAAGUCCGGCAGCCUCAGUUCUUCUCAUCGCAAGCGACGAACUCGAGUCUUCAUAGACCCGAUGUCUGAGAUACCCAAGUUGGAGAAAUGGUUCGCAGAGGACACCCACCCUUCAUCCUAUAUGAUUGAUAAGUACUGUGAAGAGCUGAAUAAAUCUGAAUACCGCCAAAAGUUCCCAAAGCUAGAAGCCAAAAAUGUACAGCUGUGGUUCAAGAACCACCGGGCAAAAGUGAAGAGAAUGAGGGUGUCCUCUGUAGAUUUACAUGGGAUGGAGUAUAGGAUGGAGAAAUGUUAACAGAAAUUUGUUUGUGCAUUAUUUAACUUCAUUUGAAGGUCUACACAUUGAAUAUUGUUUUGGUACACUUGUUUCUAUGUAUCUCAAAGUACUUGUUAUUGAUAGGAAUUUCUGAUAUGUAACAAGUUUUUGUUAUAAAAAAUUGUAUCAGAAUUUUGAGUGUUAGGUCAGUAGGUUAUUUUUACCUGAGGUGAGAGCUUGGCCUGUUCAGGUACGCACUCUGGGGUAAGAGAAAAAUAAUAUGUCUGUUAUUGUCAUCUUGAAAUGUCAGGUUGUGUGUUUUUAUCUCCAGUGGAUGUGUUUAAGAUAUUAUUGUUACACCCCAUAUUUAUUAACGUGUUGUUUACAGUCGGGGGCUACUGGCAAUUCUCAUGAAACUACCGCAUAAUUAUGUUUGGUUAGAUGUUCACACUGGGUUCUAUAGGCCCAAAGUUAGUCACAUUUUUGUUAUUUACUAGAACUUUUCCCCUUUGCAAUUGAUUAACUUUUUAAUAUACGUAGUUUACAUAUUGUUCUAUGUGGUUGAAGGUGCUAUUUUAAGAAACAAUUUCUGAUACAUGUUUUAACAUUGUUCAUACAUUCAUCCGCUGUUGGAACCUAGUUGUCAUAACAUCACUGCCCAUUAAUGCAAUUGCUGACAUUUUUAUAAAAAUUGCAUAAGAUGCUUUUACGAAUCAAAGGGAAUAAUAUUUCUUUUAUUAAGAAUUGUACAACAGAAAAAAAAAUUAUUUAUCUACUUAAAAGAUUGUUUUCCAAGAUAUUUUUCUUGAAAUAAUAGCGCUACUCCAUGUAAAGUUUGAAAUCUAAUUUCAGCUUAAGUACACUCUAGCUCAUUUUAUUUCAAAUUGUUUUAGUGUUAUUUUUCUUUGAAUGACCAAAGGGGUACUGGUUAAUUAGGUGGAUGCAGGGUCAAUGCUACAUGUAUAACAGGGCUAUGAGCUCUCUCUGUACCUAGAAAUGCAACUUCUUGGUUAUAAACUAACAAGGUACAGGAAAACUGGAUAUCUGAUACUUCUGUUUAAUUUACAUUCCACGUGACAAAACCACAUUCUGGUUGCUCCACAGGAGGGUAAUAUAUUUUUAACAGCUCUCUCUAUCUCCUGAUUAUUUUUAUUUUUCUUCUUCGUGAUAGAAUUUUGGACUGUUUGGAAAUCUCUAAACCUUUGAUUCAUAACUAUAGAAAUUAUUUCUACAACCAUCUAUUGAUAACAAAGACAGUUUUUGUCUGCUAAUAAAACAUAUAUGUAUAUUUGAUCAUUAAUAUUUUGAUUCCUUAUAUUCAAUCAUGAUUUAGUUUGUAUGCUUUGUUAAGUUUGUCGAUUUGUCGAAGUCGGUAAAGUGAUAAAUGUUUUUUUCUUUUUGCAAUUUCUGGGUGAUCUAUAGCUGGUCUUUAUAAAAAUUGAAACUUCUGUAAGACAAUUUUUAAUUUUUUUAAUCUAUCAGAAAUAGAUUUCUUUAAGUUUAAGAGGGAGUUCAGUGUAAAUUUGAUAAACAAAUUAUAUUUGAAGUCAGUUUUCCCAAAAUUAUACUGAAUCAUGAUUGAAUAUAAUGGUAGAAGAAAACAAUUGUACUUAAAUUUGAAGAGCUUACUGUUUGCAUGAUUUCUGUUGCAUCACACAGACGCCAGAUGACUUAAAUUCAUCUGUACUACUUUCACUUUUAGGCUCCAGUUAUCCUGCUUUUACUAGUGUUUAGAUCUAUGUAUUCUUUGUACCCAUAACAAGCAUUUUCCUUCUGAAUUUUUUUUAUAUAUAUAUGUUUUAUAAAAAUCACAAUAGUUUUAUUUUAUCUGAUUAAGGGCUGAUUAUAAUCUCAAACUUUUUUCAAGUUGUAGAAGCAACUGUUGCUCCUAAUAUUUCUUAAUGCUCAUAAAUACCUCAAGAUUUGAGAUUGUUUUAGAUGAAAAUUAACCCUAGGUUAUUGCUUUUUAUCAUGAAAUAAUGUAAGAUAACUAUUUUUUUUUCUAUGAUUGGUUUAUAAAGUCAUAUGAAUACAAAGGACUGAAAUCAGAAACUAUGGUUGAUGAACCGAGACUCUUUUAAAUGAUUCCCCAUAAUAGUUCUGCUCAAGUGGUAUUUUCUUGACUUGUUGAGUAUCCAAACAAGUCAUCUAUUUCUUUGACAGCAGUGAAUUCAUAUUCUCUGUGCUCCUCUCACCACGAUACCAGUUUUUCAAGUGCGACAGAAAUUGGUGAAUAAAAAAACCGUUUUGGUUUAAAACAACAACAAAAAAUAGACACUUUACAUUCCAUUGAAAAAUUUUUAAACAGAGUUAUAUAUUGAGAUUUAUUGUCGGUGAAUUUAUUUUUACAUGAUAAUUUAGAUAUUAGCCAUGAACUGGAAAAAAACAUAGCAGUUUUGGAUAUGUGAAGUCAGUAUUUUUAAUUAAUGUCUUGAAACAUAACAUGUUUGUUAAGGUUUACUUCAAGUGCUAUAAUCAAUUAUAUAACCUGUUUUUAUCAAUCAAACUAUUUAUUGUAUAUGACUUACUCAAGUCUACCGAAUAGCUCUGUUUCAGCAGGCACCUAAGUAAUUAAUUAUGUAUUCAAUUGAAUAUUUAUUAGGCCAGUGGUCAUGUUAGUCUUCUCCUCCUACCGAAUCUAUGUGGUUUUCUUUUUUUAUUUUAAGCUUUACUGAUUUUAAUCUACCGCAUCUCACCUCCUUUUUAUAGUGCUGAGAUAAACAAACAAAUGAUAGAGAAAUAUUGAAGUCUUGUCAAAGCUAGUUUUAAAGGGUUAUGGGCAAUAGAUGAACUGUUUACUUUUUAUGGUUUUGUUCUACUCAACUUUUUUUUUCUUAAUUGACUUCCUUUUUAGCAGGAAUGUGUUCAUAUUUUUUUUAAUUUUGGGAAAUGAAUUGUGGGUAAUGGACCCACACGAAAUGUACAUCUUUGGUGGUUGUCUGUAGUUUUUCUCUUGUUAGCUGUUUUUUUUUCUUUUUGCCUUUUUUUUUUGUGUAGUUCAGAUGUCUUAGAAUAUUGUCUUUUUUGUUGACUCUAUAAUUUAUAGAGACAUUAUUAUUAUUAAAUAUUAUGACUAUUUUUUCCUUUUAUGAGUAACUCUGUGACUAUUGACAGGUAGACGGUUUUUAUCUCUUUAAGAAUCAGGUGUAACUUUUUGUAUAUCCCGACAUGUGAUCUUAUUUUUGCAUUUUAUGUGGUUCAAUCUGGCCAGAACGCAGAAACGAACAAAAGUGCAGAAUUUUUUAGAGAACUUGUUAAUUAUGCACUGAGAUUAAAUCUUUUGUUCUCAACAAUAGUUGCCUUUGCAUUUCAUCAUCAGGAACUUUAUACAAAAAAAUAAGAAGCCAAAAAAUUUUGUUGUUAUGUCAGAUAUAUGCAAUAAAAAUAUGAUCGUCAGAACUUG